CUCAAAAAUGUGGAACUUUAGAUAUAGUAGAAUAUUCUUAUCUUAUACCAAAUCAACAUCAAUUAUGUGAUCAACAUUAUCUUCUUAUUGUAGAACCAAAUAGAAAUUAUUCUAAAAUUAAUGAAGUUUUUCAAAAUUUACAAAAAACAGAAAAAUCUUCUGAAUUAAAAUGGGAUAAUAUUCAUUUAGAAAUAUUAGAUGAUAAAAUAUAUAUUCCUAAACAAGAUUUUUUAAAUUUAGUUUCAAAUAUUGAAUAUUUACAAGAAAACCAAAAAGAUAAAAUAUUUGAAGAAAUUAUUGAAGUCUCUGAAACUAUAAAUAAAAAUUUUGAAAAUAUUGAUAAAAAUAAUAUAUCUAAUAAUAUAGGACUUCAUUUAGCUUCAGCAGGAACUUCUUAUAGAGGUAUAGAUAUUUUAGCAAAUACUGGACUUACAGUUUCAUCUAAAACUAUAUUAAGAUAUAAACAACAAAUUGUUGAAGAUCAUUUUGAUAAAAUUAAUAAAUAUUUUAAUGAACAG